AUGCUGAGCAGCGUUUGGUUCCUCAGUGUGUUAAUGGUGGCCGGGUUCUUACAGACAGAGAGUCGCAAAACUGCCAAAGACAUUUGCAAGAUCCGCUGCCUGUGCGAAGAGAAGGAAAACGUACUGAAUAUUAACUGUGAAAACAAAGGAUUUACUACGGUCAGCCUGCUCCAGCCUCCCCAGUAUAGAAUCUACCAGCUUUUCCUCAAUGGAAACCUCCUGACAAGACUGUACCCAAACGAGUUUGUAAAUUACUCCAACGCAGUGACUCUCCACCUAGGUAACAACGGUCUGCAGGAGAUCAGAACUGGAGCAUUCAGUGGCCUGAAAACACUCAAGAGACUACACCUCAACAACAACAAGCUGGAGGUGCUGAGGGAGGACACCUUCCUGGGCCUGGAAAGCCUUGAAUACCUCCAGGCUGACUAUAAUUACAUCAGUGCCAUUGAGGCAGGGGCAUUCAGCAAACUUAAUAAGCUCAAAGUACUCAUACUGAAUGACAAUCUUCUUCUGUCACUGCCCAGCAAUGUGUUCCGGUUUGUCCUGCUGACCCACUUAGACCUGAGAGGAAACAGGCUGAAAGUGAUGCCUUUCGCUGGUGUCCUUGAACAUAUUGGAGGGAUCAUGGAGAUUCAGCUGGAGGAAAACCCAUGGAACUGCACGUGUGACUUACUUCCUCUCAAGGCUUGGCUGGACACCAUAACUGUUUUUGUGGGAGAGAUUGUCUGUGAAACUCCCUUUAGAUUGCAUGGGAAAGAUGUGACCCAACUGACCAGGCAAGACCUCUGUCCCAGAAAAAGUUCUGGUGACUCCAGGGGCAGCCAUGCUGACACACACAUCCAAAGGCUGUCACCUACAAUGAAUCCUGCUCUCAACCCAACCAGGGCUCCAAAAGCCAGCCGACCACCCAAAAUGAGAAAUCGUCCAACUCCCCGGGUCACUGUUUCGAAGGAACGGCAGAGCUUUGGCCCGAUCAUGGUGUACCAGACCAAGUCCCCUGUGCCCCUAACCUGCCCCAGUAGCUGUGUGUGCACCUCUCAGAGCUCAGACAAUGGUUUAAAUGUAAACUGCCAAGAAAGGAAGUUCACUAAUAUAUCCGACCUGCAGCCCAAACCUACCAGUCCAAAGAAACUCUACCUGACAGGGAACUAUCUUCAAACUGUCUAUAAAAAUGACCUCUUAGAUUAUAGUUCUUUGGAUUUGUUACAUUUAGGAAACAACAGGAUUGCAGUCAUUCAGGAAGGUGCUUUCACAAACUUGACCAGUUUACGCAGACUUUAUCUAAAUGGCAAUUACCUUGAAGUGCUGUAUCCUUCUAUGUUUGAUGGACUGCAAAGCUUGCAGUAUCUCUAUUUAGAAUAUAAUGUCAUUAAGGAAAUUAAGCCGCUAACCUUUGAUGCUUUGAUUAACCUACAGCUACUGUUUCUGAAUAACAACUUGCUGAGGUCCUUGCCUGAUAACAUAUUUGGGGGCACAGCCCUCACCAGGCUGAAUCUGAGAAACAACCAUUUUUCUCACCUGCCUGUGAAAGGGGUUCUGGAUCAGCUUCCAGCUUUUAUCCAGAUAGAUCUGCAAGAGAACCCAUGGGACUGCACCUGUGACAUCAUGGGGUUAAAGGACUGGACAGAGCAUGCCAAUUCCCCUGUCAUCAUCAAUGAGGUGACCUGUGAGUCUCCUGCUAAGCAUGCAGGGGAGAUCCUGAAGUUUCUGGGGAGGGAGGCUAUCUGUCCAGACAGUCCAAACUUGUCAGACGGAACUAUUCUGUCAAUGAAUCACAACACAAACACACCUCGGUCACUUAGUGUGUCUCCCAGUUCCUAUCCUGAACUACACACUGAAGUCCCACUUUCUGUCUUAAUUUUAGGAUUGCUUGUUGUCUUUAUUUUAUCUGUCUGUUUUGGGGCUGGUUUAUUCGUCUUUGUCCUGAAACGCCGAAAGGGGGUGCCAAGUGUUCCGAGGAAUACCAACAACUUAGAUGUAAGUUCCUUUCAGUUACAGUAUGGGUCUUACAACAGUGACACUCAAGAUAAAACAGAUGGCCAUGUCUAUAAUUAUAUCCCCCCACCUGUGGGGCAGAUGUGCCAAAACCCCAUCUACAUGCAGAAGGAAGGAGACCCAGUGGCCUAUUACAGAAACCUGCAAGAAUUCAGCUACAGCAACCUGGAAGAGAAAAAAGAUGAGCCAGCUACUGUUGCUUACACUAUAAGUGCCACUGAAUUGCUAGAAAAGCAGGCCACACCAAGGGAGCCUGAGCUACUGUAUCAGAAUAUUGCUGAGCGAGUCAAGGAACUCCCCAGUGCAGGACUCGUCCACUAUAACUUUUGUACCUUACCUAAAAGGCAGUUCGCCCCUUCAUAUGAAUCUCGACGCCAAAACCAAGACAGAAUCAAUAAAACCGUUUUAUAUGGAACUCCCAGGAAAUGCUUUGUGGGGCAGUCAAAACCUGACCACCCUUUACUGCAAGCUAAGCCACAAUCAGAACCAGACUACCUCGAAGUUCUGGAAAAACAAACUGCAAUCAGUCAGCUGUGAAGGGAAAUCAUUUAUAACCCUAAGCAUCAAAGGAUGCUGCUCCAAACUGUUGGAAGCAGGGCAUUUGUUUUCCUGUCUGUGUUCUCCCUUUCCCAUUGUCAGUGGGGGUUUUUGAAAAUGUGUGGGGGAUGGAGUGAAGCAAAUGAUAAUGCUUUUUCAAGCUUUCUUUUAAAUUAUUUCUCUCUUACUCCUGUCCCCACCUCUUUUUCUCUCUCUUCUUAGGAAUCAUCAUUGAACAUGAAUGUUUCUACAAUGCAUUUUUUCAUAUAUUUUGUUUAUGGUUUUGUUGCUCUUCUUUGAUUUUUCCAGUGGGGGAUGGGAAGAGGAGACUAUAGUGAACGAAGAAAGAGUAAGCAAGCUUUUCAAAUGAAAUUAGCUAUUUAGUGUAUUUUGUAAAAGAUCUCAAAAGAUCUUUUGAGUCUAUAAACGCUUCUGUAAAUAAUGAUAUAUGGUAUUUUCAUCUUUAGUUACCAAGUAUAGCCAAUAGGCCUCACUUCUUUGUGUUAAAGUGCAUUGCACUUUAAGUACAUUACUUAUAUGUUGCUUUUAGCUUUGAUAAGCUGAACAUAUUUUAAUGUGUUGUAUUUUUGAAAUUAAAACACUGUAAAAUAGAUAAAAAUGUCAGCUAUAUUAAAUCAAUGUACAGCUUGCUUGAGUUAUAGAAACCAGCCUGUCAUCAAAUGACUCUAGUUCUAGGACUUUAUAGAUUUAACUGUAAAAUAUUUCCUUUCUGCUGGGUUUGUUCUAAGUGAUUUUAUUUAAGUCAACUAAGGGGAUUUAACAGUGGACUAGAGGUAAUAAACUGCCUCAGUCUGGAUUAGGAAUUCAUUAAUAAAAUAUAUUUAACCCAA